AUGCCAAAUACACUGGAUAAGAGUUACGUACAAAACGGCCCUUGGAGGGACGGGGUGUUCCAAGGGAAAGUGGUCUUCGUCACUGGCGGGGCCGGGACGAUCUGCAGGGUGCAGGCGGAGGCAAUGGUGCUACUUGGUGCCAAGGCUGCGAUCAUUGGGCGCAAUGUGGAGAAGACUAAGAAGGCGGCAGCGGAGAUCGCGGAGUUGGGCGACUCGGCUGACUGCGUGCUCGGAAUUGGCGGCGUGGACGUCCGGGAGGUCGCGGACAUGAAGCGCGCGGUGGAACAGACGGUUGCCGCGUUUGGACGGAUUGACUAUGUGAUUGCCGGCGCAGCGGGUAACUUCCUAGCUGAUAUGACCAACCUGUCGUCGCGUGCUUUCAAGACGGUGUUGGAUAUCGACUUGGUGGGCAGCUACAACACAGUCAAGGCGACAUUAUCGGAGCUCGCAAAGAACAAGGGCGCUGUGCUUUUUGUGUCUGCGACACUGCACUACACCGGGACACCGUUACAGGCGCACGUGUCUGCCGCAAAGGCGGGGGUGGAUGCCUUGUCUAACGUUUUGGCGGUGGAGUUAGGGCCACUUGGAAUUCGCUGCAACUGCAUUGCGCCGGGGCUGAUUGGUGGCACCGAGGGCGUAGACCGUUUAUCGGGGGGCUUGCCUGUCACAGAUGCCGUCAAGAAGAUCCCUCUGCAGCGGCCGGGCCUCACGAAGGACAUUGCAGAUGGCACUGUCUACUUAUUCUCUCCGGCAGCUUCUUACACUACCGGGACGAUUUUAGUCGUGGACGGUGGCGCAUGGCAUCUAGGAAACUUAAUGGGAACACACUUCCCUGAGACUCUAAAGCGCAAACAGAGCGUACUUAAGUCUAAGUUCUAG